CAUUCACCCAAUUUCACCACUUUUCGCAACGUCACGUCAAUUUUUUUGUUGCGGAAUCAGCUCACGCGACCAUCUUCGCCUACACUGCAUCAGCUUGCGACCACAUUCUUCUUCACCACCGCCACCACCGCCACCACCACCACGUUCGCAACCUCGUUGACGUUCCUCGACCCUACGAUCAGCUCACAACUCAAUUCGCAAGAGCUCUCGACCUCACUUCGAUAUUCACCACACCAACAAUACCAUAUCCACAGUCGCCAUCAUAGGUGUAUCUCAGGCUCUCGUGGAGCUGGUGCACAGGUUACAGCAGGAUAAGCAGCAACUGAUGUUGAUUGAUACUGACCACAUAGCCACCGACAUGUCUUCGAACAGUUUUUUCGGCAACUCUCCCACGGUUGUGCUACCGUCUAUGCCAUCGAACCAGUACUUCGCCAAUGGUCACUACGCCGAACAGCACAACAGUAAUGCACACAUGCUCAACGGAAUCUCUCCUAACGCCAUCACGCCCAAUGGCAUCGUGGACGCCAGCGCACUCCAAUCAAAUGUCACAACUCCAGGCUCGAUCGCAGGUCGCAAGCGCUCUCGCGGUGACAUUUUCUCUCCAGAAGACGGAGAGGAGCUGUUUGAAGACGGCUCGCGUUUCACUCCCACUGCCGACGAGUCCAUUAAGCCGCGAGGCAAGCCGGUCUAUGGGCCGGGUAUGACGGUUCUCUAUCCUGACGACCCAGGCUACCAGGCCUGUGCCGAAUCGCAAUCCGGAACCUGGAAAGAAGAGCAAGAUGCUCGACGACCAUUCGCACUCGCGCACACCAAGCGACCCAGUGUGACUUCGCGCAAGUCGCAGCGCAUGGACUCCAAAGCAAUCGGACCGGAUGACCUCGCACAGCUCGUCCUUCCUUCUACCAUUCGCGAAGCCACCACCGAGCCGCUCAUUGACGAGGUUACCCGGCGUCUGGGUAUCAGUUGGACUCGUAUGGACUCUACAGAAGUGCGCCAGAUCAAUCAGAGAUCGUACUCCAAGUGGAUAUCCAAUCACUAUCCUCAGCUCCGAGACGUGGCCAUAUGGUUCGAGAACAGCGCUCUCGACAUCUACCUCGUCUCAUGCCUCAAUGCCUACAACGGACAGCACGAGUAUUACAUCUUCUCCGAGGAUCUGACAGAGGCUCGCCUAGUCACAACCGAUCCCAGUCAGCUCAUCCCACGCCUUCAGAUGCUGCCAGCGCUACACCUAGCGGCUCCCGCCGGCUUCCUCAGAGCGGAGACUGAUCCGAUCACUGCUGCUCAGAACGAAGCUACUGCUGCAAUGGUGGCAGCACACAGUCCGGUGAAUGGAUGUGCCGCACAUGCCAUGGAGCUGGAUUGAUAGUACUGAAGAGGUCCUUUGCUUUGCUUUUCAAUUACUGUACUUUAUCUUUAAAAAAUGGAAUAAAUCAAAAGAAGGCGUCUCUGGAAACGUCGAGUCCGGCGACUGGUUUAACGAGAAAUGGACUUGCGCUCGAGCGCUGGAGUUGAGGUUGCUUUGCUAUGGUUUGCGUAGCGCUCGAUGACCCAUGGAGGCUCGUUCGGGUUUGAUUCUAUGGGUCUGUUGUAUUGCUGCUGCUGCUGCUGCUAGACGUAUUACAUAGCUCUCUCAGACUCAUGAAUUUUGAAAUGCA